UGAAGGUUGGCGUAUGGCAAAUGGAGGAUCACAGGAUUUAAGACACCUCUAAACUGUUGAAUUUUACCAAAUUGCAGUAUGUUGCUUGCUUUUUGGUGUUUUCCGUUCCAACAUUUCUAAUGUAUCGUAGCGGAGAGUCUUCUGAAUGCUUUGAAUGAGCGACUGAAGUACCAGCACUAGCUGCUGCAGAUUGCAGAAACAACAGCGUUUCGUCUAGGACUUAGGGAACAAAAUAGCAGAUGGGGAAACAAAUCAACACAUAUCUCUGCCUUUGGAAUGAAUUAUCUGUGCUUCUCCUGCUCCGAACCUGAUCUGUUUUCUUCCCUCACAAAAUCAGUGGCAUUUAUAUGCAUAGCAGCCGAAGAGAACAAUCAUUCUCGGGACUGGUUGGAUAACUGGGUUUUGUAUAUUCUCUGCAUCUCUCCUACAAGGACACUGGAGUAAGUAGAACCAUUUCAACCCUUUUUAUCCUCAAACCUAUAUAUAUUUACGUAUGUACUUGUAAACAUUUACCAAAAUGCCUCACAGCUGAGAUGUGUACAACUUUGAGCUCAUUCUCAUGAAGGCAAAAUCCAGAAUAUUUAAUACAAUUCAGUGCGUUUUUUUGUGAAUGGUGACUCCACUUUCUAACUUACCACGAUAGCAUCUAUUGUUUUUUGCUUCUCAAUGAAAGGUUAAUCACCAGCUCUUUACCCUUCCUUGUCCAAACCAAGCAGUAGUCACUGUGGUUCUUGCUUUAACGUGGAGUCCAUUGAGGAUUUGCAGCUAUUGAUUGCUUAGGUUCAUCAUUCACAAUAAUCUUGCAGAAAAUUACCCAAUUUUUGGACAAUAGUUUUCAUCGAGAUUUUAGCUCAACAAAUAAUGUUUUGAAGACCAAGGAGAAGACAGAAGUGAUCAACAGAAGAAUAAAAUAGGGAGCCCUAAGGGAAAUCUAGCUAUGAAUGCUGUAACCGUUGUCUAUACAACAGUGAUUUUUCAUCUUGGUGCCGUUUUAUAAUCUGAGCAUCCAGCCAUGGUUUGCCUGUUGAUUUGUUCCAGCCUGCAGAAUGAACUCUGGAAUUUAGCUGAAUACAAUUGUCAGUUGUAAGCUGAUGUAGCUACUGGCCUUGCUGAACAAAAAAAAAAAAAUAAUAAUAAAAAGCCCAAGUGUGAAAUGACUGAAAGCAAGCUGUGAUUGUUAUACUUUGCAAUUGAUAAUCAACUUUGACGGGCCCCUUGCAUUUUGGAUUUUUUCCAGGUAGUCUACAAAUCUGAAUGUUAUUUAAUAUUCAUGAAAUUCUGCUUGCAAAUAGAGAUAAUGUGAAGUAAAAUAGAAAUUGACAGUUUUUUUUUUAAAAAAAAGGACAUCUGGCAAGCAACUGACGUUACACUGAAAGCAAAGAAACUGUUCUGAAAAAUCAUUCCAUAUUAUUGCCUUUUUUGGAUUCUUUGAAACUGCCUUUAAAUCUUUUUGCAUUCUGAAUGCUGUUUGCAAGGUGAUUGUGGCCAACGCUUUUGCUAUCAGAGGAACAAUUUUUCUCCCUUGGUUCUGAUGGUGCAUCAGAAAUGUGUAGAUUGUAGUCUGUCUAAUCUUCUUUAGUAGAGAUAGCUAUCAUCUGCUCUAAACCUUCCAAGAUAGGAAAACUUGAUUUUCUUGGAAAUUGAAAUCAAUCACCUAAUACUGUCAUAACUGCCCUCAUGUGUCAACUGGCUGGGGGCUUAUCUUCUGGAUUAGUUUUUAACUCAGCUCAGACUGUACUGACAAAACAAUUAGUAAACUGAUAAACAGACACUCAUUGGGAUGUACCGCUUUGUAAUUUUUUACUUUUUCUAUUGGGUUUCUGUUGAAGCAUUGAAGACUUUAAAUUACUCCAUUUCAGAAGAAGGGGGCUCCAGAAAUGCCAUUGGCAACAUUAAUGAUGCACAACUGGAACUGCAUGAUAGGGGUAAAAAAAAUAAUUUCAGAGUGCUGCAGAACUCCGCUCCUAACCUGCUGGAUGUUGAUCCAAACAGUGGACUACUGUACACUAAGCAGCGCAUUGACCGAGAGACUCUGUGCAAAAACAGUCCUAAAUGUAUUCUUUCCCUAGAAGUCUUUGUCAAUGACAGAGAUGUGUGUAUGAUCAAGGUGGAGAUCCUUGACAUUAAUGAUAAUUCACCUAAGUUUCCAUCAGACCAGAUCGAUAUUGAUAUUUCAGAAAAUGCAUCCCCAGGAACUAGAUUUCCAUUGACUACUGCACAAGAUCCUGAUCUGGGCAAUAAUGGCUUGAAGACAUAUAAGAUGAGAGGCGAUAAUGGUUUAUUUUCUUUGGAUAUAAAAUCCAGGGGUGAUGGUACAAAAGUUCCAGAAUUAGUUAUUCAGAAAGCACUAGAUAGAGAAGAACAGUCACAUCAUACACUCAUUUUAACUGCCUUUGAUGGAGGUAUCCCUCCGAGAUCGGCAAAUCUGCAAAUUAACAUUAAAGUAAUUGAUGCCAAUGACAAUAGUCCCGUCUUUGAAGUAAAAUCUUACACUGUUGAGAUAGCUGAAAACUCGCCUAUUGGCAAAGUGAUAAUUGACCUCAAUGCUACAGAUGCAGAUGAGGGCACCAAUGCUGAUGUUCUCUAUUCAUUCAGUGGUUAUGCAUCUGAUCAAGUGUGGGAGCUAUUUUCAAUUGAUUCUAAAACUGGUAUCAUACAAGUCAAAGGUAACAUAGAUUAUGAGGAAAUUGAGAUGCUUGAAAUUGAUGUUCAGGCAGAAGAUGAAGGCCCCAAUCCAAUACCUGUGCAUUGCAAAGUGACUGUUCUUGUCACUGAUGUCAAUGACAAUUUCCCAUCAAUUAGCUUUGUGUCAGUUAGACAGGGAGCAAUUAGUGAGGCCUCACCCCCUGGUACCGUUAUUGCUUUAGUUCGGGUUACAGACAAAGACUCAGGAAAAAAUGGACAAUUCCAGUGUUGGGUUUUGGGAAAUGUGCCGUUCAAGCUAGAAGAUAAUUACGACAAUUUUUUCACAGUAGUCACAAGUAGACCUCUAGAUCGUGAAAUUCAAGAUGAAUACAACAUAACUAUCAUUGCUAGGGAUAAAGGCAACCCUUCUCUUGAUUCUACCAAUUCAUUCUCUGUGAAAAUCUUGGAUGAAAAUGACAAUCCACCAUCUUUUUCUAAAAGUAUGUAUGCGCUACAAGUAUCUGCAAACAAUAUCCCAGGAGAAUACCUUGGUUCAGUUCUUGCACAAGAUCCAGAUUUGGGGCAAAAUGGCACCGUAUCCUAUUCCAUCUUCCCGUCAUAUAUUGACAGUGUUUCCAUCUCUACAUAUGUCUCUAUCAACCCUCGAAAUGGUGCUAUUUAUGCAUUGAGAACUUUUUAUUAUGAGUUGACCAAAUUUUUUGAGUUCAAAGUGAUCGCAAAAGAUUUAGGAUCGCCACAUUUAGAAAGCAAUGCCACUGUGAGAGUGUCCGUACUAGAUGUUAAUAACAAUGCGCCAGUCAUUGUUUUGCCAAGCCUACAGAAUGAUACUGCAGAAAUCUAUGUGCCCCGGAAUGUGGGAAUGGGAUACAUUAUAAGCACUGUAAGAGCUAUGGAUAUUGAUUUUGGAGAAAGUGGAAGAGUAACUUAUGAAAUCAUUCAAGAAAGUAAAGAACACCUCUUUGAAAUAGAUUCAGUGACCGGAGAGAUCAGGCUGCUCAAUCCACAUUGGGAAGAUAUUGCUUCAGUUGUAGAAUUGAUCAUUAAAGUCACUGAUAAUGGAAAACCUUCACUUUCAACUGUAGCAAAACUUAUCAUUAAGGCAAAUUCAGACUGUAUAGGCUGCUAUGAAGAGGAGGGUAAUGUUAUAGGAGAACAACGGGACUGGGACAUCUAUUUGCCUGUAUUGGUUGCUCUAAGUGCAAUAUCCAUAAUUCUUUUUGCUGCAAUGGUCACAAUAGUUGUUAAGUGUAAGAAGGAGAAUAAAGAAGUUGGCCCAUAUAAUGGCAGAACUCCAUAUAACGCUCAACCAAAGCUAGGCAAAAUGAAAAAGAAGAAAAUCAACAAAAAUGAUAUUAUGUUGGUGCAAAGUGAAGUGGAAGAGAAAAAUGCAAUGAAUGUGGUCAGCUGUCCAUUAUUAGUUACAUCUCCAAUGUACUUUGAUAGUCAGUCCAGACUUCCUCUCAGUUCUUCUCAUUCAGGAGUGAUGUACCUUACUCCUACUUCCAGUAAACAGACUGAGUCUGAAGGAACUGUUGAAUGUCACAGUCACAACGAGAUAGGACAAGUCAGAUCAUCAGCUGAGAAAACAUCUACCUGGAUACCAUUAAAGAAGACAGACAAUUUUCCUGCAGAGUCCAAUUACCUGGGAAGCAGACAGCAGUUUGUUCAAAGUAGUUCAACCUUCAAAGACCCAGAAAGAGCAAGCCUAAGGGACAGUGGUCAUGGAGACAGUGAUCAAGCUGACAGUGAUCAAGACACUAACAAAGGUUCCUGCUGUGACAUGUCUGUAAGAGAAGCCCUUAAGAUGAAAACCACUUCAGCUAAAUGCCAGCCACUGGAGCAGGAUCCCUGCUGUAAAACUCUGGAGCGCUGUAAUGCCAAGUCGCUGUGUAAGACAGUCUGCAAUGAGCAAGAGGAGUGUGUUAAUUGUACAGAUGAAUGCAGAGUACUCGGUCAUUCUGACAGGUGUUGGAUGCCACAAUUUCCCACAGCAAACCAGGUGGAAAAUGCAGAUUAUCGCACAAAUCUCUUUGUUCCAACUGUUGAAGCUCACGUUGAGACUGAGACUUAUGAAACUGUAAACCCCACUGGGAAAAAGACCUUUUGUACAUUUGGAAAAGACAAAAGAGAGCACACCAUUCUCAUUGCCAAUGUAAAACCAUAUUUAAAAGCCAAGCGUGCCCUGAGUCCUCUUCUGCAAGAGGUUCCUUCUGCAUCUAGCAGCCCUACCAAGACAUGCAUUGAGCCUUGUGCCUCAACUAAGGGACCAUUGAAUGGCUGUGAAAUAAAAUCAGGAGUCUUGGCAGAAACAACCAAUCAGUACCUGUCUUCUGAUAGUCAGUACAUAUCACCUAAUAAACAGACAAAGGACCCUCAGUAUAUUGCAUCAGACCCCAUGGCCCAUGUGUUUGCCGAUGUACACUCCAGAGUGAGCCGAGACUCAAGUGAAAUGGACGCUGUCUUAGAUCAUCUGGAGCAUUCAAAUCGUGAUUUGGGCCGAGAAUCUGUAGAUGCUGAGGAAGUUGUGAGGGAAAUUGAUAAGCUUUUGCAAGACUGUCGAGGAAGUGAACCAGUGGCUGUAAGAAAAUGAGAAAGACGGAGAGGCUAUCAUGGUUGCCUUUGUCGAGUAAAUACAGUUUUCCCUUGGAACAGCACAUUUGCAGGGGAGAUGGGAGAUGGAUGCUGCUCUGUGGCUCUAAGUGAACAUUUUAAAAGUGCCCCCAAACUCUUGUACUGUUUUUUUGUUAUUAAGAUUACACUGGCUUUAUUUUGACAAAAAAUUCUAUUGGGCGCAAUCAAGGAAAAUGUGUUGUAGUGAAUAUUGACAAUCUGUUGUAUAAGGGAACAGAACUCGGAACUACUUGUGAAGUUGAGCAACUUCCUAAUGUAGUUGAUGUGACUUUUCAUUUGCUGAGGAAAAAAAAAACCCAUUGAUUAACAGGGUUGACUAAUUUCUGUGUGGAUUUUGACAAGCAUCACUAGCUUCUAAUUAAAGUCCUAACUAAUUUUGCUGUAGUCCUAGCGGCACCAAACAUCGACACCCAUUUGUGGUAAACAUUUCUAUAUAAAUGAGCGACAUUCCAAAACAUUUCAGUACAACAAGUCCGUGUCAUGUAGUUCAUUUCCAUGCCACACAUAGUAAUAUAUAAACAUUAUAUAGUCGAUUUCUUGUGUCCUGCACUAGCAUAAGCUAAUUCACUUUAUGUCAAAUGAAAGUGUUGAAAAUAAGAAUUUUAGUGUCCAACAAAAACCUACAGUAUAUUCACACCUGAAUAUUGAUAGAGAGAGAGAAUUAUGUUUUUCGACCUCGAAUAAUGUGGUUCUUACAAAAGACCAUUGAAAGGUAAAAUGUCCAAAUAGCGACAUCCUUAAAUUUUUUUAUUUUUUUUAAAUUAAUUUGUGGACACUAAAAUUUGCUCAGGAAAGUAAACGUCCUAUCCAUUAAAGCAAAUAUCACAUCACCAUUAAAUGUGCAACUGUAAGAAGAUUUAAAUGUGUUUACAUCAAAAUGGCAUAUUUUUAUGAUUUAUUUGCAAUUUUAGUGCAUAUGAGCCAAAUCGUUGAGUGUAUAAGAGCUAUAUUGUGUAUUUUAUUAAAUUAAUAUAUAGUUGUGUUGCAAAAAAAAAAAAAAAAGGAAAGAAAAAAAUAUUUGGGCUUAUAUUGUAAAUGGCAAGUGUUGCCUCGGUAGCUGUCGAACUCUAUGAGUUUUUGUUUUCCUGUUUCCUCUUCCCCCCGUGGAGUAUGGGAAGCAGCGCCUCAGAGCUAAGUCUCUUGUUACAUGUAUGGUCUUAAAACUGCAGUAGUACAUAAUCUGUUCAAAAUGUGUUCAAGUGGACGGUCAGAGCAAGGUGAGCAAGAAGCAAACAUGUUCUUCAACCAUGCCAUUGCAAAAGUUUACAUUUCCCAUAUGAGGAAACCAAAAAACAAACAAAAAAAACUAAAAACACAAAACAUAUAAAGCCUUAGAAACUUUUUUUCUUCCCAUACUGGCACCGAUUUUGGAUCGUAUCAAUAGCACCAUUUUAGAAUUUUAAAAGCAACGGAUAAAUAUAGAUCUUCAUUAAAACACGUUCACACACAACUGAAAACAUCUAAUGACUUGUUUACUAAAUGAGUUGUAUUAGAUUAGUAAAAAAGGUUUUUAGUUUUUUUUUUUUUUUUAAAGAAACCGCAUCACCUUUGUCCAUAGUCUUGCAGAUCAGCUCCAUUGAUAAAAGCUUGACUGCAAUAUUAGACACAACCAUUUCACAGAAGUGGUGCUGUUUCUAGGGGGAAAAAAAACUGAUCCUUUGCUUAUGAUCCAGAGCAACAGUGCCGCCUUUGUCCACAGGCUGCAACAGGUAUUGCAUCUCAGCCCAACUGAAGUGAAUGCUGCAAUGCAAUACUAGACACAAGUGGUCCUGCUCCUUGGGAAAAAAAAAAACAUAGAAUCUUUGUUUCUAAUCUGGAACAACCCAUUUGAGGUGUCUUUGAUGGAGACUUGACACAUCGCUAUUUAAAAGGGCAAACAUUAAAUUACUCUAAAAAUUAUUGCAUUGCUGUUUCAUUCAAGAUCUCCACCAACGCCCCAGUUAAAUAAGCCCCGAUGUCAUGUUUACUAAGCAGCGCAGCUUCCAUCAGGCGACUCAGAAAUGCAUAUGCUGUUAGGCUCCAUUGCGCAUUAUGAGCAGUCGUAUGGAAAAGCCACACUUAGCAAAUGUGUGCCAUAAAGACGCAGUAGACUAAUACUAGGAUUUAUCUAUGAAAAUAUAUGUGAAAUCAUAUUCUUGUGUCCAGAGACAUUUCUAAAAGAUAUAAUUUUAAUAAGUGCACGUUCCUUUGUCUUUUUAAUACAUCUUUAUAAAAUAAAAAUAAAAAUACAAGAUUUUUAUACAUAUGAUAUGCACAGACACAUGCUGAGCGGAUCAAACAUUACUAUCCCCUGUGUAGAUUAUGUACCAUGUAUAAGAGAUCUCCCUCCAAAGCUGGGAAAUAUGAAUGCGAAUUUGGAGUUAAAUUGAACAAGCUGGUGUUAUAAUGACCAUAUAAACCCGCCGACAGGUUUAAUACUGGCAUUAUCAUAAUUCUAUGUCAAACCAUUUCUUUGUACUAAUUAAAAGUCAGAACAUGUACUUGUGGGUCUGUGGUUGAGAAUCUCAUGUCUUUUCAUUCGUCCAGGAAAUGUCUUGUGACAGCGGUUCAUUGUCAGUUGUCUACUGGCUGCAUUGCAUUGUUAAUUGUAUCUCAUUUUCAUGGUACGAAGGGUACUGCAAACAACCUACUGCGCACAAAUGCUGCAUUGCUCUACAUAUUUUGGACAAUUUAUGUACC